AUGGGCUUUUAUACGGUCAAAACAGCAUAUUAUUGUGUGCUUUCUAUGCUUGGUCGGCAUCUAAGGGUGGGUACAUCGGACUUGUGGAAGAAGAUGUGGGCUCUUUAUGUCCCUCCAAAGGUUCGGGACUUUAUAUGGAGAUUGUUUCGUGGUGUUUUGCUUACUCGAGACAAUUUGGCUAGGAGAGGUGUCGACGUUCCAUUGGGGUGCUUGUUUUGUGAUGCGAAUGAGUCUAUUGACCACUUUUUCUUUUCUUGUCCCAUGGUAAGAGAGGUCUGGAGACUAGUGGGUGUUGCCUUAUCCAAUUCUUGGUUGUCAUUUCAAGACUUAUUCCUUCAUAUCCAUGUGAGUUUUGGUAGGGAACAUGCUUCAAGAUUGGCAGUUCAUGCAUGGAAAGUUUGGCAUGCAAGAAAUGAGUUAGUGUGGAAUAAUAAGGUGUUGACACCUCAGGCUAUCUAUAGUGCUGCCAAUACUUUUUAUACAGAUUAUCUUCAUUGUGGUCUUGAUAAGCAACGUGCACCAGGUCCGAGUCUUCUCUCUAUUAAUGCAGGUUCGGCUUCUAGUGCAUCAGAUUGGCUAGCUUAUGUGGAUUGUGCCACUUUCUCAACUUCGGAUUUGUUUGGAUUUGGUGCUGUGUUCGAAGAUGCUGAAGGAGUUUUUUCAAUUGCAAUUUCUAGUUAUACCGAGGGUCGUGGUUCUCCUGCUAUUGCUAAGGCAUUGGCCUUGCGUCAAUGUUUAAUGUAUGCUCGUGAUGCUUUCCUGCAGGCUGAAAGUAUUUUCAUUGAUAGUCAGGUUUUAUUCUUCGCCUUUCGCUCAAAUUCGGAGGACUUUUCUGAGUUUGGCGUCAUUGUUUCGGAUUGUAAAGCUAUUCUGCUUCUUUGUCCAAAUAUUUCGUUAUGCUGGAUUAGACGUAGUGCGAAUAAGGCUACUCAUCUGUUAGCAAGACAGUCUAUUCGUUUUGAUCGUUUUAAACUCUGA